CAAUGAUUAUUUUCAACAAAUCAUAAAGAUAUUGGAACUUUAUAUUUUAUUUUUGGUGCAUGAGCCGGAAUAGUAGGAACAUCUUUAAGAAUUUUAAUUCGAGCUGAAUUAGGACAUCCAGGAGCUUUGAUCGGAGAUGACCAAAUUUAUAAUGUUAUUGUUACUGCUCAUGCUUUUGUUAUGAUUUUUUUUAUAGUUAUACCAAUUAUAAUUGGAGGAUUUGGAAAUUGAUUAGUUCCUUUAAUACUAGGAGCUCCUGAUAUAGCAUUCCCUCGAAUAAAUAAUAUAAGUUUUUGAUUACUUCCUCCUGCUCUAACACUUUUAUUAGUAAGAAGUAUAGUAGAAAAUGGAGCUGGAACAGGUUGAACUGUUUACCCUCCUUUAUCUUCAGGAAUUGCUCACGGCGGUGCUUCUGUUGAUUUAGCUAUUUUCUCUUUACAUUUAGCCGGAAUUUCAUCAAUUUUAGGAGCUGUAAAUUUUAUUACAACAGUAAUUAAUAUACGAUCUUCAGGAAUUACUUUAGAUCGAAUACCAUUAUUUGUCUGAUCAGUAGCAAUUACAGCAUUAUUAUUACUUUUAUCUCUACCAGUGUUAGCUGGAGCAAUUACAAUACUAUUAACAGAUCGAAAUUUAAAUACUUCAUUUUUUGACCCAGCAGGAGGAGGGGAUCCAAUUCUAUACCAACACUUAUUUUGAUUUUUUGGACACCCAGAAGUUUAUAUUUUAAUUUUACCCGGGUUUGGAAUAAUUUCUCAUAUUAUUAGCCAAGAAUCAGGUAAAAAGGAAACUUUCGGUUCUUUAGGAAUAAUUUACGCUAUAUUAGCAAUUGGUUUAUUAGGAUUUAUUGUCUGAGCCCACCAUAUAUUCACAGUUGGAAUAGAUGUUGAUACUCGGGCUUAUUUUACAUCUGCAACUAUAAUUAUUGCAGUUCCUACAGGAAUUAAAAUUUUUAGAUGACUUGCUACUUUACAUGGAACUCAACUUUCUUAUUCCCCCGCAAUUUUAUGAGCUUUAGGGUUUGUAUUUUUAUUCACAGUCGGAGGUUUAACAGGAGUUGUUUUAGCUAAUUCAUCUGUUGAUAUUAUUUUACAUGACACAUAUUAUGUUGUCGCUCACUUUCAUUAUGUACUUUCUAUAGGAGCCGUAUUUGCUAUUAUAGCAGGAUUUGUUCAUUGAUAUCCAUUAUUUACAGGAUUAACUUUAAAUAAUAAAUGGUUAAAAAGUCAAUUUAUUAUUAUAUUUAUUGGAGUAAAUUUAACAUUUUUCCCACAACAUUUUUUAGGGUUAGCCGGUAUACCUCGACGUUAUUCUGAUUACCCAGACGCUUACACUACAUGAAAUGUAAUUUCCACAAUUGGUUCAACAAUUUCUUUAUUAGGAAUUUUAUUCUUUUUUUAUAUUAUUUGAGAAAGUUUAGUAUCCCAACGUCAAGUAAUUUAUCCUAUACAAUUAAAUUCUUCUAUUGAAUGAUACCAAAAUACCCCACCUGCUGAACAUAGAUAUUCUGAAUUACCUUUAUUAACUAAUUAAUU